CUGAGCGCCAGGUCUGCCCUCAGUGUCCCGACACUUGGCAACUGCGAAGUACAGUCGGGGACUGAAUCACACAGCCAACCCAACUGGAAACAGUUUCGAGCAAUUUCAAGGUGACAUCGUCAGUACAUGACCAUGGCCUUGUCUCUCCGUGACGUCAUCUUCGUCUUGUUGCUGCUGUUUUCUGAUUUUCAAGUUCAAGGAUCGGACGGUAAAACCGCGACAAAGAAAGGCUCCCACGUUCUGGUCAUCACCCAAACUCCGCACAGCACGUGGCUAACCCUCCGGCUGCUGGGGCGCACUCUAGCCGCUAGGGGGCACUCUGUCACCAACCUCAUGCCCGACGACAUCUACAAGCACCUGAUCACCAAACCGCCACAAGAUAAGGUGAAGUACGAAGGAGUUCCGUGCGACCCGGGAACAUUGGCAGCAGGACGCGCUUUCGAAGGUCACUACUGGGAAGGGGAAUACAAGAACCUGCUGAAAACUGUCGACGUCUUGUUGAAAGAGAGCAGCAAAAGUUGUGAAGCGAUACUUCUGCACUUGGAGAAACAAACCGCGAGAGGUGUCAAGUACGACGUUGUGUUGUCAACCAACCCUGAGUUUCCUUGUGGCCCCGUCUUGGCACGAUAUCUCGGCAUCCCCUCCGCUAUUGUCUACGUCCCCUCUACAACGUUCCUUUUCGGCGCAGGCAACCCCAUUCCUCUGGCGUACUGGCCGGUCAUGCCUAGCGGAUUCCUCACGGAAAUGACUUUCAAGGAGAAAAUAAUAAACUUUCUAUUCUACGCGGGAGCGAGGUACUACCUAGGCGUACAGUGUUCCUCGUUUGACUUCAUCGUGCACAAAUACAUCUCCAAGGACACUAGCACGGAAGAGAUCCUGUAUGAAACCGACUUGUGGCUGUCUGUUUCAGACUUCACUGUAGAGUUCGCCCGCCCGACCAUGCCAAAUGUCGUCGACAUAGCAGGGUACAAUUCUGUUGAGCCAAAACCUCUCCCAAAGGAUCUAGAAGAAUUCAUGGAGAGUUCCGGAGACGCGGGAGUGAUCCUCUUCAGUUUGGGCUCCAUCACGGCUGGCAUGCCUGAGAGGAUAGAACAGGUCCUGCUGAAGGCCUUCGCGCAAGUACCGCAGAAGGUCAUCUGGAAAAUGGCCUUAGACACCGACCCCAGCAGUGUGAAAUUCCCUCCCAACGUCAAGCCGAUGGGUUGGGUACCACAAACCGAUGUGCUAGAGCACAAGAAGACGAGGCUGUUCGUCACCCACGGAGGGACCAAUGGCGUGCACGAGUCCGUCCACCACAGGGUACCGAUGGUGUCUCUCCCGCUCGCCGCCGACCAUCACGACAACGUGGCCCGCGUGGUGGGACGGGGGUUCGGCGUCAAACUCGACAUCUUCACCAUGACAACGGAGGAACUGCUGCAGGCCAUCAACCACGUCUUAGAAACAAAGAGCUACCAGGAGAACGUGGACCGCGCGGCCCGGAUCCUGGCUGACCAGCCCACCCCGCCCAUGGACCGCGCCAUGUGGUGGAUAGAGCACCUCAUCAGGCACGGCGGGCUGCCUCAUCUGCGCACGCGCGCACACACAAUCCCCUUUCACCAGUAUUUCCUGCUCGACGUCAUAGCUUUCUUUGUAGCAGUUCUAGCUGUAGUGUUAGGCGGGUUGGUGUGUGUUUGUCGUCUGGCGUACAGAAACAUUGUGAGAGGGAAACAACAAAGAGAACAGAAGGAGAAGAAAGACAACUGA